CGCCUUUUUCAAACGUCCCUCUUAUCAAUCGCACAAACCAUCUGCUACUAACCUUCAACUGCAUACAAACACCUGUCUGUCCCUUGUCCCUUUCCCCAUACGACGAUUCCAGGGAAACCCCCAAGUCGUUCGGGUCUUCAUUCCUUUUUUAUUUUGUCCUUCUCUUCCAUCUGUCUGCUCUCCCUCCACCGCUUCCACCAUGUCCUCCACCACCACCACCACCACCGCCGAGCCCAUCACGGCCCAGAACAUCCUACGCCUCUUCCCGGACAUCGACACCACCAGCACCGAAGCCCUUUCCGGCCAUGAUGCAGAGCAGAUCCGGCUCAUGGACGAGGUCUGCAUCGUCACCGACGAUAACGAUACCCCCAUUGGAACUGCCAGCAAGAAGACUUGCCACCUCAUGACCAACAUCAACAAGGGCCUCCUCCACCGCGCCUUCUCCGUCUUCCUCUUCGACGACCAGAACCGCCUCCUCCUCCAGCAGCGCGCCACCGAGAAGAUCACCUUCCCGGACAUGUGGACCAACACCUGCUGCUCCCACCCGCUCAGCAUCCCCGGCGAGACCGGCUCCAACCUGCCCGAUUCCGUCGAGGGCGUCAAGCGCGCCGCCCAGCGCAAGCUCCACCACGAGCUCGGCAUCGACCCCGCCCAGGUGCCCCUCGACAAGUUCCGCUUCCUCACCCGCAUCCACUACAAGGCUCCCAGCAACGGGGAGUGGGGCGAGCACGAAAUCGACUACAUCCUCUUCAUCAAGACCAACGUCGACAUGGACAUCAACCUCAACGAGGUCAGGGCCACCCAAUACGUCUCCGCCGACGACCUCAAGGCCCUCUUCAACGACCCCUCUCUCAAGUUCACCCCCUGGUUCAAACUCAUCUGCGAAAGCAUGCUCUUCGAGUGGUGGCAGCACCUGGACUCGGGCCUCGACAAGUACGCCAACGAAACCGAGAUCCGACGCAUGCUCUAAGUACACGUCUCAUAUAGGAGAGGAGGGAAACAUGAGAGGAGAAGGAGGAGAUUGGAAUGAUUGGCUACAUACCUUGGGGACGGGACUGACUGCAAUCGUCGAUGGUAUACCUCGGAUGAUCUGUGGCCGAGUUUGUACUCUUCGGCUCUUCCCUGUUGUUUACCCCAUCACUUGACUUUUUUUGCUGCGAGAUAUCCCCUG